GGGUGCUUCCUCUUCAGUCUGGGCUGAGCUGCUGAUGUAUCCCAGCAGCCCCGGUCCGUAGCGACAGGAAACCUUGGUAUAAAAAGCCGUGUUGUACGGGGAACCCUCCUAAGUGUCUCUCAGCCGCAGCAUGACCAGGACGGAGAGCCUGCGAGUUUGGACUUAACAAGACAAUGACCAGCCUAAUCGUCGAACCACUCAACACACAACACUUCAUCAUGGACAGAGAUGACAGGAAGAGAAACAAGAACAUCGGAAAGAACUUUAUGUGCCGACUCCAGUGCAUGUUCUCACACUCAUCAAGCUCUGAGAGCAGGCUAAGUUUAGAAGAUACCCAACAAUGGUCACAGUCACUGGAAAGGCUUCUCGAGUCUAAAUAUGGACUGGCCACUUUUCGCAAUUUUCUUAAAUCCGAAUACAGCGAUGAGAAUAUUGAGUUCUGGCUCACCUGUGAGGACUACAAGAAGAUCAAGUCUUCAUUCAGAAUGUCCUCGAGAGCCAAGAAGAUUUACGAGCAGUUCAUCAAAGCAGAAUCUCCUAAAGAGAUCAACAUCGACUAUCACACUCGAGAGCAGAUCAAAAGGAACGUCAAGACUCCCACCAUGCACUGCUUUGACGACGCUCAGAAGAUAGUUUACGGGCUGAUGGAAAGAGACUCGUACCCGCGGUUCCUCCGCUCGGACAUUUAUAGAACUCUCCUGGAAAACCUCGCCGCCGACGCCACAAAGGGAUGAAAGUGUGAUCGGGAGGGAGAGAGAGAACGGACAAUAAAAAAACCCAUAACUGGAAUGUUUGAGCUCCUUCCGGAGGAGGAAGGACCGACAACAAAGAAGGAAGGAGGGUCGACCUGCGUGCCACACGGACACAUAGAGGGCCUCGCGUCGUCACUAGAUCCAGAAGCAAACUGCUCCCAACACUGAGCUCGCCACAACUGAGGACACACACAACCAGCCUUAAUGACAAUGACCCCUGUAGUGUGUGAUUGCACUGGAUGAUAAGUCUGUACGCAGGCGAACUGAUCACACUGGCGAUGAAUGAGUCAGUGAGGCGCCUGACGCCGGCUCUGACUGUGGAGCUGCGUAAGCAAAAGCAUGCAGCGGACCUCCUUUGGCCUUCUUUGCAGAGGUGUUUCCUGUGCAGAUUGAGAUAGAGGAUGUAAGAUGCAAUGGUCACGCUCCAUUAGCCGUGUGUGUGCGUGUCUGAGAGAGUGAAAGUGAGUAUAUAGCUGUAGCUUCUAACUGCCACUGACACAGGAUACGCUGUCGCAAAAAGAGUUGGCCAAUUAUCUAAUGACGGUGCAAAGGACGACAAAAAAUCCAUAGUGGACAGAGGACUCGAUAGUGAUAUGUCAUGCUUAGUAAAGGGUUGUAGAAGGGCCACUUAGUUCUGCCUGAAGCAUUCUGGGACACUUUGAAAUCUUUUUUUUUCUUCUUCUUUUUGGACCGAUAUGGGGUUUUAAAAACUGAUACUUUUUAGAUUUAAGCUGCCUGUGAGUGAUAUUUUGUGCCAAUAUUCAAUAUCUUUAUCAUUUUCUAACUAAAGAAAAGUAGCUGGGCUUUUUUAUUUUAAUAAAGCCAGAUUCAAAUAUAUUUUUUAUGAUAAUCAUGCACAUUUCUUUUGUGUGGAAUCUGAACCCAAUUCUGCACCACAGCAACGAAGAAUUCCCUUUUAUGGACCGUAAUUUAAAUCCUCAGCACGUGACUUCUGGCCGUUAUCUUAGUCUAAACCACAUUCUUGCUGCACUGAAGUGUCAAGAGCUGUGAUGUUAUGUAAUAAACUAUUUGAAUUGAAUUUUUAUCGUAGAUAUAGUGAUGAUGUUUCACAUUGCAUGAUAAAGAUGUUAAAAGUCCUUGUGUACCCUGAGAAUAUUCCUUGUUAUUGCUUUCUGAAGCAUGUGGUUUGAAUGUAUUCUAGGGUUAAUAGUUACGUUAACUUAAAAGUGAAAUAUUUAUUGUUAUUUGUCACCAUUUGAGUACAAAGGUUGUUGCAGUGUUGAAGUGCUUGAUAAAAAAAUGUUAGUGAUUUGA